CCCUGUCUAUCAGGGAAGAACAAUUCAGCCAAACUUCAUUCCAUAUUUAUCUUCUGGCAAAACACAGUCCUCACUCCCCAAACCCCAAAGGUCAGCCCAGUUUCAUGACACCAAUGAUUCAAAACAUGAUCCUUCAUGACGUGUUGGACCCUACAGGCUUUAACACUGAUUCUAUGACUAUAAAAUAAUGAAACCACAAGCAUCUGCUUGAUAACUGAGAAACGUGUCAUACUGAGCCAGGAAUAUUCUUAGCAGAUGUCACAUAAUUUAACAGAGGAAUAAUCAAGUAUGUCACAGGCAAAUGAAUCUGCAGCUUCUGUAGUAACCGAGUUUUUCAUUGUGGGAUUCCCUGGACUCCUGCCCAAAUACUACAGCCUGAUGGCAGUGCUUUUGUUCUGCAUCUACAUCGCUGUAAUCACCGGCAACUCUCUCAUUGUGGUCCUGUUUGUGAUUGAACGCAGCCUCCAUAAGCCUAUGUAUAUUAUCUUGCUGAGUUUGUCCUUUUCUGAUAUAGGUUUUUGCACAGUUGCUCUGCCUAAAGUCAUUUCUCGCUACUGGUUUAAUGACGGUUAUAUUGCAUUCUACGUUUGUUUGUUUCAAAGGCAGCUGAUUCACUAUUUUGGGACCCUAAACUCUCUUAUUAUGAUGAUCAUGGCUCUAGAUCGGUACUUGGCGAUCUGUUACCCACUAAGAUACCCUGUUUUAAUGACUAACCGCACUAUGAGACUUCUAAUAGGGUUUUCCUGGGUUACUGCAAUGAUUGCCCCAACCAUCAACACAAUGCAAACAGUGACACUGCCGUUCUGUGGGCCAAAUAUGAUCGCUCAAUGCUUCUGUGACUCUCAGUCUAUGAACCAGCUCGCCUGUGCUGAUGUCAGCCUCCAGAAUCGCAUUUCCUACGGUGUAGCAAUGUUUGUGCUUCUCGUGCCAUUCUCUUUCAUCAUCUUUUCCUAUGCAAGUAUCCUGGUGUCUGUGCUUCGAAUAGCAAAUGCACAGGGUCGUAUGAAAGCCUUUUCUACCUGUGCCACACAGCUGACUAUCAUUAUCAUCUAUUAUGUGCCACGUUUCGUGGUUUACUCCGGUUCUAACAUCCCGAACAUUCAGAUGAACAGCAGUCAGAAGAUCGCCCUGGUCAUGUUCUACAGUCUGCUUCCACCACUAGUGAACCCCUUUAUUUACUGCAUCAGGUUUAAAGAAAUCAGACAGUUCUUUUUCAAAUGGUGUGUCCAGAGAAACAGAAUGAGUCUAAAGGUAAAUAGGUUAACUAUUUCUAAAUGAGAUUAUCUGCCUAUCCCUGUUCUGAUGUAUCUUAUUACAUGAAACUAGCAUAUUAUUGUUAUAUUGUUAUGUAUUUACAAUAUUUGUUAAUAUAAUUGUCAUUUUCUAUUUCUAAAUUGUAUUAUAAUAAAUGUGGAAGGUAAUUUAUCACUCACAACUCAAUAGACAAGCUCUUCUCUCUUUCACCAACACAAUAAACCACAGUAGGCCUUAGGGUAUUAGCCCUCAAUGAUAAUUAAAAAAAAAAAAAAAAAAAGAACUGCUCAGAAGAUUGAACAAAGAAACAUAUAUAUGUACAUAUAUAUGGAAAUUUGCAUAUCCUGCUGUCCAUGCUAAACUCCAUGUAAAACUAUUUUUUUAUAAUUAUGUUUUUUUUUUUUUUACCUCGUUAAUUAAAAGACUGCAUUAAAUAUUUGUGAUUUUUACAAUCAUGGAAAGUAUAUUAUUUAUAAUGUAGUAUAAAUUAAUAAAAAAGUGACCACCAUCGAUUCAUAACAAAGCUUUAAAAUGAAAGCUCUUCCCUACGUGAUUAAACAAUAUUGUUCUUAUUUUAGUGAGAUUGCUAUUAAUAAUCUGUUUUUAGGUAACAUUAACGUUAACAAAGGUCUUACAAGACAGGGUGGAGGUUACUGGUUUUCAUUAGUGUUUCUCACAAAUUAAUAGUAGGCUACCUGUCGUGUUUUGUUUUGCUGAAAGAAAUUAAAAUGAUUAAAACCUGAACAAACUGUCAAAAUUUCAAAGAAAUCUCAAAUCUCAUUUGAAAUCUCAGUAAGUUACCUGCUGAAUAGAGAAAAAAGUUGAUUCUUACUUCUGUUCUGUUGAAGGCCGUGCUUGUGUGCUCGUGAGGUUCCCAUAGUGCCCGUGGUUUAAACUUGAUCCUUGCCAAAGAUGUCAUAAAAAAUAACUUAAUGGUAUUAAUAACCGUAUGGUAUUUUGGCCAACUGGAUACCAUAUUAAAGUGUUGUUAGCCUCUUGUGAUUAAAUUCAUGAUUUGUAUUGCGUGUCUUGAUGUAUAUUUCUCGGCACUACAUUAAAAUAAAGUCCUUAAAAAGUGUUUUGUAUGAGACCAAAAAUGAGUUUCCACUAGAGGGCGCAUGGCGGAUGAACCAUCCGAAUCCUUCAUUUAGUCUCAUUCAUAUAUAUAGGCGUUUUUUUUUCGCCUUAUUUGGGAUAUUUCUACACGAAGACACAAUUACAAUGAACAAUAUGAGCAUUAAUUAUUACUUUUAAAUAGAUACAGUAAAAAAAUUUUUUUUAAAAAUGAUGUGAUGUGAUUUUAAUCUGAAUGUAAUUAACAUUUUACCCACAAGAUGGCGCAAAAAGCUUACAAUAAAAAAUAUAUUUGACAUUCAUGGCCUAACGGGGCUGUUCACAACAAAACUAAUGUUUUUAUUAAUAAAAUAUAAAAGUCAAGAUAACAUUAAUGACUAAUAGUACUCAUACAUUUAUAAGUACACUAUUUUUUUAUGUUUUGAAAGAACUAUCUUUUGUAUGGAA